GAUCUGAAAAAGCCUGUCAAGGUACGCUUUGUUGGUGGUGGUGAAGAGGGUCAAGAUCAAGGUGGAGUACAAAAAGAGUUUUUUCAAGCCAUUGUUAGCCAGCUAUUAGACCCUGGAUACGGUAUGUUUGUGUAUGAAGAAGAGACUCGCAGCUCAUGGAUCAACGGGGCGUCGUUGGAGCCUGAGCGACAGUUUGAACUUGUUGGUAUUAUUAUUGGAUUGGCACUGUAUAACGGCGUCAUGUUGGGGCUACGAUUCCCAUUACUGCUUUAUAAAAAACUAGUAGAUGUACGUCCUACCUUUCAAGACUUUCGUGAUGCAUUUCCUACUCUUGGUCGUGGGUUACAGAGUCUACUCGACUGGUCAGAUGGUGACGUGUCGGACAUCUUUCUGCGAAACUUUGAAAUCUCAUACGAAGUGUAUGGCCAAGUCAAAACAUAUCCUCUAGUCCGCAACGGCGAAGACAUUCCAGUUACAAACGACAACCGCGUGCAGUAUGUCGAACUUUACGUGCAGCAUUACACCAAUGAAUCCAUCAAGCGACAAUUUCAAGCUUUUUGCAGGGGAUUCCACAAAGUUGUUGGUGGUAAAGUCUUGAAAAUGUGUCGCCCAGAAGAGCUGGAGCUUCUUAUUUGCGGCAACACUACUGCCGAAAUUGACUUUACAGAGUUGGAGCACACUGCUGAAUACGACGGAUUUUUACCCCAUGAUGAGAUGGUAGUCUGGUUUUGGGAGAUUAUGCACAAAAUGGAUUUGGAUCAAAAGAGGAAAUUAUUGAACUUUGUCACUGCCUCUGAUCGAGUUCCUUUGAGUGGAUUUAGUAGUCUGACGUUUGUCGUACAACGGAAUGGACCGGAUACGGAUCGAUUGCCCACUGCUUUGACAUGCUUUGGAAGACUUCUUUUGCCAGAGUAUGCAUCAAAAGAAAAAUUGUUUGAUCGGUUGACUACGGCAAUCGAGAAUGCAACUGGAUUUGGGCUUGUGUAGAUACGCAAUAAAUGUGAUAAAAAUCAUUUAAAAUAC